CACAAGAAAAAACUAAGGAGCUCUCCUCUUCUUAUCUUUCCUCACCAUCAGCCUCCAAAUUCAACGGGGGUGAAGAGGGAAGAAGCGAAAAAUGGAGAACGGGGCGCCGGUUUGGAAGUUCCAGGGCGACGAGGAGCUCACCGCCGCGUCGGCCAUCACCAUCCGCGGCAUCCUCUACCAGCUGAUGGAUAAUCUCAACAAGGACGACGACCGCGUCGUGGUCCCGCUCGGCCAUGGCGAUCCUUCCCACUUCCCUUGCUUCCGCACGACGCCCGUCGCCGAGGACGCCAUCGUCGACGCCAUCCGCUCCGCCAAGUUCAACUGCUACGGUCCGACCGUCGGUAUUCUUCCCGCCCGGAGGGCUGUUGCUGAUUAUCUCUCUCAUGAUCUCCCGUACAAAUUAUCACCAGAUGAUGUCCAUCUGACACUUGGGUGCACACAAGCAAUCGAAGCCGUAUUAACAGUUCUCGCUCGCCCUGGGGCCAAUAUUUUGCUUCCAAGGCCUGGAUUCCCAUACUAUGAUGCACGUGCUGCACAUAGCCAUCUUGAGACACGAUAUUUCGAUCUUCUUCCAGAUAAGGGUUGGGAGGUUGAUCUCAAGGGUGUUGAGGAUCUCGCAGACGAGAGUACCGUUGCCAUGGUUAUCAUCAAUCCUGGUAAUCCUUGUGGAAGCGUCUUCAGCUACCAGCAUCUAAAGAAGGUUGCCGAAACAGCAAGGAAGCUUGGGAUUAUGGUAAUUGCAGAUGAAGCGUAUGGUCAUCUAGCUUUUGGGGAUACACCAUUUGUUCCCAUGGGUGUUUUCGGAUCCAUCGCGCCUGUCUUGACGUUGGGAUCAAUAUCAAAGAGGUGGAUUGUUCCAGGUUGGCGACUUGGUUGGCUUGUGACAAAUGAUCCCAAUGGUUUUCUGAAAGGCACUGGGGUUCUCAAGUCCCUUAAAGGCUUUCUGGAUAUAUCCUCUGAUCCUCCUACCUUUAUCCAGGGGGCGGUCCCUCACAUACUUGAGAAAACAAAUGAUGAUUUUUUUUCGAAAGUUAUUCGGGUACUAAGAGAGGCUGCAGACAUAUGUGAUGAGAAGAUUCAAGAGAUACCUUGCAUCACGUGCCCAGAAAAGCCAGAAGGAGGCAUGUUUGUAAUGGUCAAGUUGAAUUUGUCAUUGUUGGAGGGCAUAAAGGAUGAUUUGGAGUUCUGCAUAAAACUGGCUAAAGAAGAAUCUGUUAUUGUUCUGCCAGGGAUAGCUGUUGGAAUGAAGAACUGGCUUCGCGUCACUUUCGCCAUCGACCCAUCUUCUCUCAAAGACGGCCUGGGGAGGAUUAAGGCCUUCUAUGAAAGGCAUGCCAAAAAAUAAAUAGGUCGGUCCAUGCCGGCGCCACAAAGGACUGAGAUCAUCAACUGCUCGUUAUGCCUUUGUGGCCACGUUGGAGAUCAUCACAAAGUGUGAAACAAGAUUAUCAAUUCAUAAAAAAACCUAAUUAUCCGAGCAUUUGCCCGGAAGUAGGAUAUGGAGGAGGAGAGGAAAAUCAACCUUACUGUUGAUUUGAUCCGAACUCCCAUUGGAGUGAUCCCUUCUUGGUCGUGUUGGUUACAUUAGCUUUGGCUGGAAUAAAAACUUAGAUUAAAGGUCUCUUAAUUUUGCUGGUCGGCAAAAUGUCGAAGUGGUGUGAUUAGGUGAUCAACAACUUCCUGUUGUUGUCUUAUGUCGUCUUGUGUUUGUAUUUCGAUUGUCCUUUAGAAAUAAAGAUGUUGAUGACAUUGGAUA